CCAUCCAUACCGAUCGCUACUAUUUUGACUCAGAAUCGGUCCGUCGCCGAGUUAAUAUAAACACCACGGGUCUUCAUCUGCUGGACCAACUGCCGCUGAACCCGGCACACUCGUUUCGGAUGCAUCUGGGUCGACCAUUAAAUGUGCAGUGGUUGCCGCUGCUGGAGACUCUGAUGACAUCGCAGCUGAACACCAGCAUCGGUCCACAUCACCGAGCGGAAGUGCGAGUAUGGAACUUCGAUCCAGAUGGUUGGGUUGUCAACUUCUUCGUGAUUCUGCGUUCUGAACCCAUGCUAUGGCUGGGAUACGUUCUGGAUGCCAGACUACCGUACGCUGCCAGCAUCUACCGUAAACUCGAAGGUCUUCAGCUUCGUCUGCCAUCGGCUAGUGCAGUGUAUAUGCUGAUGACGUAUGUUGUUGAUGACAUUUCGAAGCGCGUGGUUAGAGAACGGGCCUUUCGAGAUUGCGAAGGCGAGGAUAAGUGGCUUUCCUUUCCGGUAGAGGAGCAGGAGUGUCCUCUGCAGAAGAACUUCACAUUGUACGUCGAGUGGCUAUCCGAGUAUCCACAUAGACGUUAUCUUCAGAACGGAUUUGUGAAAGUGCAACCGAAUGCCGAUAAAAUCUUGGAUGCCGUACAGCAAGCUUUUGCCAUUGCAAACCCCGUGACAAUGGAUAAUAUCGUUCUUACCAUUUCUUUAACGGAUCGCGAUGACAGUUUACGAACGACCAUAGGGCGCGACGCUUUCAAGUUAAGUUUCGCUCUGUCGUACCCGAAAAUGAAGAGCGGAUUGUAUUGGAAAUUGUGGCGCUAUCCAUCCUACGAUGAACUAAACGGCUUGUUGCAGAGUGUUGCAGAAGUUAAACUUGUCCGCACUUGGACAGUUGCGAUCCCAGUUUCCAAUUAACAUAGUUCAGUGUCCCAUUUAUCGUUUCUGUUUGCAAAGAAACGACGACAUUUCACCGUUUGAAUUUGUUCUUAUGUUAAGUUGCAGUACUUACUAAAAGUUGUGCAAGUCUUCGUAGCGUAUUAACAUUUAUUAUGUUAUUUAUUUGAUAACGGCAAAAGUAAAGUCAAAUAAACCUUUUGCUGAGCAAGUUUUGUACUGAUUUUGCAUUAAAACUUGAUAA